AUGCUGGACAUGGGAGAUAGGAAAGAGGUGAAAAUGAUCCCCAAGUCCUCGUUCAGCAUCAACAGCCUGGUGCCGGAGGCGGUCCAGAACGACAACCACCACGCGAGCCACGGCCACCACAACAGCCACCACCCCCAGCACCACCACCACCACCACCACCAUCACCACCACCCGCCGCCGCCGGCGCCGCAACCGCCGCCGCCGCAGCAGCAGCCGCCGCCGCCGCCGCCCCAGGCGCCGCAGCCCCCCCAGGCGCGGGGCGCCCCGGGCACCGACGAGGACAAGGGCCCCCAGCCGCUGCUGCUCCCGCCGCCGCCGCCGCCCUCGGCCGCCGCCCUGGACGGGGCCAAAGCGGACGGCCUGGGCGGCAAGGGCGAGCCGGGCGGCGGGGCUGGGGAGCUGGCGCCCGUCGGGCCGGACGAGAAGGAGAAGGGCGCGGGCGCCGCGGGGGAGGAGAAGAAGGGGGCGGGCGAGGGCGGCAAGGACGGGGAGGGGGGCAAGGAGGGCGAGAAGAAGAAUGGCAAGUACGAGAAGCCGCCCUUCAGCUACAACGCGCUCAUCAUGAUGGCCAUCCGGCAGAGCCCCGAGAAGCGGCUCACGCUCAACGGCAUCUACGAGUUCAUCAUGAAGAACUUCCCCUACUACCGGGAGAACAAGCAGGGCUGGCAGAACUCCAUCCGCCACAACCUGUCCCUCAACAAGUGCUUCGUCAAGGUGCCGCGCCACUACGACGACCCGGGCAAGGGCAACUACUGGAUGCUGGACCCGUCGAGCGACGACGUGUUCAUCGGCGGCACCACGGGCAAGCUGCGCCGCCGCUCCACCACGUCGCGGGCCAAGCUGGCCUUCAAGCGCGGGGCGCGCCUCACCUCCACCGGCCUCACCUUCAUGGACCGCGCCGGCUCCCUCUACUGGCCCAUGUCGCCCUUCCUGUCCCUGCACCACCCCCGCGCCAGCAGCACUUUGAGCUACAACGGCACCGCGUCGGCCUACCCCAGCCACCCCAUGCCCUACAGCUCCGUGUUGACUCAGAACUCGCUGGGCAACAACCACUCCUUCUCCACGGCCAACGGCCUGAGCGUGGACCGGCUGGUCAACGGCGAGCUCCCCUACGCCACGCACCACCUCACGGCCGCCGCGCUCGCCGCCUCGGUGCCCUGCGGCCUGUCGGUGCCCUGCUCCGGGACCUACUCCCUCAACCCCUGCUCCGUCAACCUGCUGGCGGGCCAGACCAGUUACUUUUUCCCCCACGUCCCGCACCCGUCCAUGACCUCGCAGAGCAGCACGUCCAUGGGCGCCCGGGCCGCGUCCUCCUCCACGUCGCCGCAGGCGCCCUCCACGCUGCCCUGCGAGUCCUUGAGACCCUCUUUGCCCAGCUUCACGACGGGACUGUCCGGGGGACUGUCUGAUUACUUCACACACCAAAACCAGGGGUCUUCUUCCAACCCUUUAAUACAUUAACAUCCCUGGGACCGAGACUGUAAGUGAACGUUUUACACACAUUUGCAUUGUAAAUGAUAAUUAAAAAAAAAAAUAAG